AUUAAAACCAUUGAUUCUUUUCGUACUUUCCCACAUGCCAUUUGUUCCACUGUACACAUAUAAAUCAGACUUGUCAUCCCCACCCUUCAUUCGUGUUUAUCCAGGAAUGUAAAAUUAUACAACACACACAUAAAAAUUCAUAAAUAUAGACAAAAGUUUGAAUAUGGUGUGGGGAGAAACGGAAUUAUCAAAAAUCGGUGGCUUUUCCAAGAAAUCAAAGCUGGAUUUUCAUGUCCAAGAAUUGAAAGAAGAAUUGCAAAAGAUCGAUGCUUUCAAACGUGAACUUCCUCUCUGCAUGAACCUGUUAAAAGAAGCAAUUAAGAGCUCGACUGAGGAAGGGUUGCAAUGGAAUGGAGAAAAGGUGGGGCCAGUAAUGGAGGAAUUUAUACCAAUGAAGAGUGAUUCAGAAGAACAUGACGGGGCAAAAAAGUCAAAUGAUUCGAGCGUAAAGAAGAACUGGAUGAGUUCAUUUCAACUCUGGAGCACACCUCCUGAGUUGGAGAAUAAAUUUGAUACCACAAAUCAAGAAUCUGAUUUGCACUCAAAAUCAAGUUGCCAAGAAGAGGAUGGGAUUUUGAGUAAUCUGAAGAAACCAGUGAAGGAAGAGAGAGAAUUUAUCCCAGUUGAAACCCUCUCACUCUCAAUUCCUGAGGCUAAAGUGGAAUCAUUUGAUUUGAGUUCGAAAGUGAAUUUUGGUCAUGCGAGGUCUCAACUGCAACAGAGGAAACAGAGACGUUGUUGGUCUCCAGACUUGCAUAAGAGUUUUGUCAAUGCUCUUCAUCAGCUUGGUGGAGCACAAGCAGCUACGCCAAAGCAGAUAAGAGAAUUUAUGAAAGUAGAUGGCCUUACUAACGAUGAAAUCAAAAGCCAUUUGCAGAAAUACAGGCUUCAUAUUAGAAAGCUUUUAACUUCAUCAACCAGUCCAUUGGGUUGCUCGAAGAAAAGUAAUGUGAAUUAUGGUUCCCCUCAAUGCCCUUUGCACCUGGGAGGGUCUGCUAAGGGGGAAUCGGCCACUCGUGGUGACAGUGUGGAAGAAAAAGAGGAUGAAAAGUCGGAAUUCCAUAGUUGGAAGGUUCGUGUUCAAAGUACGGUUGAGGGACGUGUAUAGGCAGCUACAUCCCGGAUUUUGCAAAUAUAAACAUAGGAGAAUCAUCAAAAACAAAAAAUUAAACUACAAAUAAUUCAAUGUUAAGAGAGUUGGUGAGUUUAUUCUUGUCUAUUUUGAGGCUACUGUUCCUCAAGGAGAGGCUAUCAGACAUUUUUGAAUCUCUAAUUUCUUCUGUUAUAAGUUAAUUUGAACUCCUAUAAUCUAUAGAACUAGAAAUAGUUUGAUGAAAUAUUAUUUGGUUGUGCUUGAAUGA